AUGCUUCUUCUCGUUCCCCUCCCUCCCGUCGUUCCCUUUCCUCACUUCCCAGCCCUGAGACAGCCUGGAGAUGGGUUGGAUGGAGGUGGGUUCGUCUUGAACGGGGCAGCGUGGGGGCAGACAGCGCUGGAGUUGGCAGACGCGGUGCCUGGAGACGGGCUGGAUGGCGGAGGGUUUGUCUUGAACGGGGCAGCGUGGGGGCAGACAGCGCUGGAGUUGGCACAGGCGGUGCUGGCAGGGAGCAAGUACGGUGGGGAGUUUGAGCUCUACGGCUCCCCCAGGGUGGAGGACAUAGACUCGUUCCUCCUUGACUUUAACGCUCUGGUCAUUGCUGCGGGGGAGAGAGGGGAGCUGCCCAAGUGUACGCCAGCUUCAACCAUCUCGAAUGCUCGUCGCAUGUGCUUUUCCCCUGCCUCCCUCUUGUGCAGCUACGGCUCCCCCAUGGUGGAGGACAUAGACUCGUUCCUCCUUGAUUCAACGGUGUUCAUUGCUGCAGGUGGAAAGAAGGAGGUCCUCUACGGAUCCCCCAGGGUGGAGGACAUAGACUCGUUCCUCCUUGAUUUCAACGCUCUGGUCAUCACAGCUGGGGAGAGGGGCGAGCUGCCCUGUUGUCCCUACGGCUCCCCAAUGGUGGAGGACAUAGACUCGUUCCUCCUUGACUUCAACGCUCUGGUCAUUGCUGCAGGGGAGAGGGGCGAGCUGCCCCAGGACAUUCAGAUUGAGGUCUCUUCUCCUGGUGCCGAGCGUGUGGUCAAGGUUCCAGACGAUUUAAUCCGGUUCAAGGAGCUUCCAAUGUAUGUACACUACCGGCUGCCUAGCGAAGCAGACAAUACAGGGGACAAGAGCACUACUGCUAGUGGAGGGAAAACGUCUGAGGAGAUUCUUUCGUUAGUGGAGGUGGACGAGGAGGAGCGUGUGACAAUAUGGAGGGUUGCUGAUUUUCAUCCCACCCUAAUUUUCACUCAAGAAGGAUCCAAGGAGCAGAUCGAGUAUCUUCAGAAUGAGCUGGAAGCAUAUGAGUGGUUUGGAUCCAAGAGCCAAGACGCUCCUGGCGAAGAAUAUUCUGCCAUCUUUUAUAACCGAGACCAGGUUGAGGUGAUGGAGAGCGGGAACUUCUGGCUUUCAGAGACGCCUGAAGUGUGUGGGAGCACAUCCUGGGGUGCAUCCACUCCGGCAGUUGCCACUUGGGUUAAAUUCCGAGUGAAAGGGCUACAGCCACCAGGGUAUGCGUUUCAAGCUUACAAUGUUAGGGUGAAAACAGGAAGUUCUUCAGCAAGAGCGAAAGGAGCGUUGCUUCUGUGGCAGCACAUUAGCUCUGUGCCACCGUCUAUUCCUGCGCUCAUGUGUGCGAAUUUCAACAAGAACAAGGGAUCUGCUCCUGCAAGGUUCUUCCUUGGGAGCUGGAAGCUGAAUGGCAUUGAAGGAGACUUCAAAGACGUGCUGUCAAUCGCUCGCAAGAAAAUGAACACAGGGCACAUAUACUCCCACCAUCGCUUUCAAGGUCCUGACAUGUCUUGCUUGCAAAUUGUUAAAAGUGCUAUGGAAAUAUGUACAGCUGAGAGUGAUCCAGGCAUCGCGGAUCCGCUUCACACUGACUGGAUGUUCCGCUAUGGCCGGGCACUGAAUCCUAGCUAUUGCGAGGUGGUGAUCAGCACAUGGGGGGGAAAGCUACCAUCAAGUCACUACCCAUUAUAUGCUGAAUUCUCUCUGCCAAGAAGUGUGCAAGCAGCUCAGUAG